GAGAGAAAGAGACUUAUCACGCACUAGCUAAAAGAUCUAAGAAUAGAGAGAGAAAGAGGAUUGGAGAGAGACAUCGGCCACUACCACACCAUGAAUCCUCAUCCUAUUGACGAUCACAUGGUGCUUGUCUCUCAGCUAUACCCUGGCGCUUACUCUCAAAUAAUUCCUCAACAAGGGGGAACAAAGCCGAGGCGACGUCGCAAGAAGAACAAGGGAGGAGAAAACGGAGAUAGCGGAAUAAAGAAGAGGAAGCUGAGUGCAGAGCAAGUGAAUCUCCUAGAGCUAAACUUCGGGAACGAACAUAAAUUGGAGUCUGAACGGAAGGACCGGCUGGCGUCGGAGCUGGGCUUGGAUCCGCGUCAAGUGGCUGUUUGGUUCCAAAACCGAAGGGCGCGUUGGAAGAGCAAGAAGUUGGAGGAAGAGUACUCUAGCCUUAAGAAAGUCCACGAGUCCACCAUUCUCGAGAAAUGCCGCCUUGAAACCGAGGUACUGAAGCUGAAGGAGCAGCUUUCAGAGGCAGAGAAAGAUAUCCAACGGCUUCUGGAGCGGGUCGAUAGGGUAUCAAGCAGCAACAGUCCCACUUCGUCACAGUCGAUGGAAGCUGUGAACCCUUCAUUUCUGGGAGAUCUUAGGGUUGAGCCUUAUGACGAUGAUGUGUUUUACAUGCCACAGACCCAUUACAUUAAUGGCAUGGACGAGUGGAUAUACAUAUGAUGAUCACGCCACCAUAAUUACCAAAACCACAUUAUAAUUAGUAUCAGUAUUGUGUAGAUAAUGUGAAUGAUCUAAUCAUGUAAAUUAAUUUCCAGCCCCCCUUGGGGAUAAGUACGUUAGCUAAUAGCUAUAAAAGCUGGCUAUAGUGUGUGCUUUUGACUAUGAAUUGGAGAAAAAUUAUGUCAUUGACCUAAUAAUUAAACUUCCCUUUGAC